AUGGCCGAUCCGGCGCGACGAGCACGGGCAGCCAAGCCGUCGAUGGACACCGAGCUGCUCGGCCGUCUCGUGCGACAAGUUGAAGCGCAUAACAAGAUUGUCGAAACGCAAGAAAUGUGGCGGCAGCACACCAAAGACGACCGCGAUGCGCAGGAGGACAAGGCGGACGGAGCCAGACAGAGUGAACACCGGCCUGGCUCGCCGAGCACAAGUCGAAGAGGCGACAGUGAUCAGCAUGGUCAUCGAGAUUCAAGCCGUGGUCGGGAUGGCGGCUCCACCCGAAGCCGCAACGAACGAGACGAACGACGAGAUGAACGAGAUUCUGGCUCGAGACGUCGAGAUUCUGGUGCAGACGACCGACGAUCGUCGUCCUCGCGUGAAUCGCAUUCAAGACACUCGGCACCAAGACACCGGUCGGAUGAUGAUCGCGAGAGGCGAAGCGACCAGCGGUGGGACGAUCAGCGGGAACGAGACAAAGCCGACGCACAGAGAAUUGCGCGUGCUCGACAUCGUGUUGCUACCAUGGACUUGGAUGGUUGGGACCACGGCGGUUUUACCAUGUACAAUAAGGAUUCUGCACAGACCGCUGCUAUCUCCCGCGGUCGCCGAAAGAAGAAGCGACGCUCGCGUUCAUCGUCGUCCUCGUCGUCGUCUUCUUCAUCCUCAACUUCGUCGUCUUCGUCUUCGUCAGAGAGCGAAUCCGACUCUGAAUCCAGUCAUCGUCGCAAGCACAAUCGCCAUUCUCGUCGUCGGCGCUCCCGGCGAAGAUCCGAGUCAAGAUCGAGAUCCAGGUCAAGAUCCAGGUCACCUCGAGCGAACAGCAAGCGAGCGACCGAGCGAUAG